UGUCGCAUAUCGUAAUUUCAUAAGAACAAACUCCAAUUUACAGCUGCACCAAAUUUUCCUUUUGCGAGAAACACCGAAACACAAAUUUAGGGUUCAUAAGAUUCAAAUUGCUUCUUUAUCCAAAUCGUAAAAAGCUUCGUAGCUUUUCAUUGCUUUCGUUAUUCUUCUUCCUUUUCAACCAAUUUGCAUUGCGUAGCUUCAAUUCCUUUACCCCUAAGGAGAGGUUGCAGAGAUUGGUAGUACCUUUUGUUUGGAAACUGAAAUUUCCCACACUCCUUUUUGUUCUUCAUUCCUUUUCAUAAUUAACAACAUAAUUUGACUUAAAAAGUUUUCAUUUUUGCAAUUCUUGAUUUUCAUUACCACCCCAUUUGACUUUUAUGUUAUAUAUAUAAGAGCUUUUGCUCACUGAAAUCUCCCUUUGAUGACCAUCUUCAUUGUUUCGUUUCGAUUUGGAUUGGUUUUAUUGUUUGUUGGACUUGCCUUUCAAUGCUGCUAGUUUUGUUUAUCGUUUCGUUUGACCCUUUGAUAAAAAGUCUUUUGUAAUGCGGCGGUUCUAUAAGUCUUACCUCAUUGCAUAGUUGUUCCGCUGAGAUUCCUUCGAUGAAACAACUCCUUUUUCGUCCUUUCGAUAUGUGUAUACUUCUUCCAUGGAAUUCUUCUGGCCUCUGUGCCUUCUUCACAGUUGCCUCACAAGUUUGUUUAAUUAGUUUCGUAAGAUGCCGAGGGGAAAGCCAAAUUCUUCAUCAGUUGCUAAACAGUCUGAGCCUGAAAAGCCAGUUGAAUCUGAUGAGAAGGUUGACCUUGAAGAGGAAAAUGAUCCCGAGGAAGAAAUGGAAGAAGAGGUUGAAUAUGAAGAAGUAGAAGAAGAGGAGGAAGUGGAAGAAAUAGAAGAGGAGGUGGAAGAAGAGGAGGAUCCGGAUGAGGUAGAGGAAGAAGAAGAGGAAGAGGAGGAGGAAGAGGUCGAAGAAGUGGAAGAAGAUGAUGCCACGGAAAACCACAUCAUUGGUGAUGAUGAGAAGAAAAAGCAUGCUGAACUUCUUUCUCUUCCUCCUCACAAGUCUGAAGUUUACAUAGGUGGCAUUCCUCUUGAUGCGCUAACUGAAGAUUUAAAAGAAUUUUGUGAGCGUAUUGGGGAAGUUGUACAGGUUAGAAUAAUGAAAGGAAAAGAUUCUUCUGAGAAUAAGGGAUUUGCUUUUGUGACUUAUAGAAAUGUAGAACUGGCUACUAAAGCCAUCGAGGAGCUGAAUAAUACCAUAUUUAAGGGUAGAAAAAUAAAAUGUUCUACAUCUCAAGCCAAAAAUCGUCUUUUUAUUGGCAAUAUUCCUAGAAGCUGGGGCGAAAAAGACCUGAAGAAGGUUGUGACUGCGAUUGGACCUGGAGUUACUGCUGUUGAACUAGUCAAGGAUAUGAAGAACAUUAGCAAUAACCGUGGCUUUGCUUUUAUCGACUAUCAUAAUAAUGCAUGUGCUGAAUAUUCAAAGCAAAAGAUGACGAACCCAACAUUUAAGCUUGGUGACAAUUCCCCAACAGUGAGCUGGGCUGACCCUAAAAAUGCUGAUUCCUCUGCUUCAUCUCAGGUAAAGGCAGUAUAUGUGAAGGGCCUUCCUAAGAAUGUAACUCAAGAGCAGUUGAAAAAGCUUUUUGAACACCAUGGGAAGAUCACCAAGGUGGUUCUUCCACCACCAAAGUCUGGUCAGGAAAAGAACAGAAUUGGCUUUGUGCAUUUUGCAGAGAGAUCAAAUGCUAUGAAAGCACUCAAAAACACUGAAAGAUAUGAGUUAGCAGGUCAAAUGUUAGAGUGUUCUCUAGCAAAGCCACAGGCUGAUCAGAAGGCUGGAGUAUCAAAUACACAGAAUCAAGGAUUGCUUCCAAGUUAUCCGCCACAUGUUGGUUACGGUUUGGUUGGGAAUCCCUAUGGUGCACUCGGUGCAGGAUUUGGUGCUCCUGGUCUUGCACAGCCUUUGAUGUAUGGACCGGGUCAAACUCCUGCUGGAAUGGCCAUGAUGCCAAUGCUUCUGGCUGAUGGACGCAUUGGAUAUGUAUUGCAACAACCAGGAUUGCAGCCGCACACCCCGCCUUCACAUCAAAGAGGCGGAAGGAAUGACAGUGGUAGUGGUGGGGGUGGGAGUGGUGGUGGCAGCAGGAAUCCGGGCAGUUCAAGUAAGGGAAGACACAGCAAUGAUAGUGGUCAAGGGCGCAGAUACCGCCCGUAUUAGCUGGUCUCUUAAUAUAUUUUAUGUAGUGCCUUUAUGAGCUGUUUCAUUUAUCAAAAUGUUAUACACUAUUGUUUUACAUCAAAUAGUAUUUAUCUGUACGUUCAGUCUUGAUAUUACAUUCAUGAUUUAAGGGUGUUUUAAUGUAUGAAUUAUAUAUCCCAGUUGCAGAAUUGCAUAUAAUCGAGACUUUUCUUACACCCAAAA